CGUUAUUCUGCGUUGCUCCGGGAAUAAACAGACAGGAUUUAUUAAAGUAACAGAGGCUAUGUGGACGAAGUAGCUCACUUCCUCUUAGCUCUGUUUCCAGUUGAGUAAUAACUCCCGUUUAUUUCAGGGUUUGCUUCAGUUCCUGUUAGUUGAAAGCUAAUAUACAGAGUUAGUUUGAAAAUGCGGUGCAGUGUGUACAGUUGGUUUUAUCAGACAUAGUUAAAGCGAUUUUAUUUAUUUGAUCUUGUGCACCUGGAUAUAUCACAUCUUUAAAAGUCUUUAUUUCUAGUUAUAAAAGAAAUGCAUUUAUUCUUAGCUCUGUGUAUCCUGGCUGUAAACCCCUCCAUUUGUAAGGGCAAGGAUGAGAAAAAGUGCGACGUUGUCCCUAAAAAUAAUUACAUCGAAGUGGGAUCCGAUAUCAAUAUAACUUGUCUGACAUGUUCCCAUGGCGAAAUCUACUGGACACUGGACACAUCACGUUUGAACUCCUCACACACAGUCUUGUCCCUGAGGAACUUCACACACCAAAGUGCCACGGUGCAGUGCCACAGUACAGAUUCUCAGCAAGUGAUCGGAGGCACCACCAUCAACACGUAUUCAAAACCCUGUAACAUAUCAUGCAUCUGGCAUCAAUUAGAUCAGAAAACGGAAAGUCAACCAGACCAGUUCACAUGCAAAUGGGAUCAUCAGAUUGAUCCUAAAUUGGAUGUAAACUACACAGUACUGCACUCCUCCGCCCAGAGAGAGAUCUGCAAAACACGUCAAACAACAUGUACGGUCGAAGGAGUUAUAACAAAUAUGUUGUCGGACAUCAUUAUUACCGUGAGAGCUAAAACUGCUGAUUGGGAAGUUGAUUCAGACACUCGUGAAUUUCAGCCAGCGCACAUACGGAAAAUGAUCCCUCCCCACUUGAUCGUAACCAGCUUUGCUGAUCAUCUGUUGGUUGAGUGGAAGCGGGAACUCAUUAAAAAAAAGUGUCGAUGUGAAGUCAAAUACAACGAGUUGUUUCCCCAGACGAAGCUUAAUAAGGCUCUAAACAGAGAACAACAUGGGAACAUGACCAUUGAACAUGUGGAGUCCUGCAGUCACUACACAGUUUCAGUCCGCUGCGCUUUACUGGAGCCUGCUCCCUGGAGCGACUGGAGCCAGGAGAAGACAGUUCUGACCAAACUGAACAAGAAUCAUGUCAGGCUGCGUCUGUGGAGAAAGGUAGCUGAACCGCAGAAAAAUGGAGUUCGAAAAGUUCAUGCCAUGUGGAAGGAGAUUCCUUCAACAUGCCGAGGCACAUUUACCUACACUAUUGAACCGACUCUUUACAAGGAAGCCAUGAUGGGAGGAAACUAUACGGAAACUUUAUGUGGCGAGUCAGGCUGUGAUGUUGAAGUGAACCAAGAUGCACACAGAAUAAACCUCAACAUGUUCCAUAAUGAAACCCUGCUUGUUGUUAACGCAGUUCAUGUCCCAGCAAUUGGAGAAAGCCUCCCUCAAGUUACCGACAUCCAGACCUCAGCCCUUGAAGGCGUUAUUCUGGUCACCUGGAAAGCCCCUAUCCAGCCUGUCAGUGGUUACAUGAUUGACUGGACCCACGAUGGGAAUCAAUAUAAUUGGAAAGAGACCAAUUACACAAAUGCCACUCUGUCUGGUCUCCUGGAUAAGAAGCCAUACAAUGUUACAGUUACUCCCCUCUUUGUUGAUAAGACCGGUCAUGGCACACAAGCCCUUCAGAUCUGCUCCAGAGUGGGGGGUCCAGGAAAUGUCACUAUCCACAUUAAUAAGACUAAUGCCAAAAAUGCUCUGGUGAGCUGGGAUGUGAAGUCCCAGGAGGAAUGCAGUGGUGACGUUGUCAAAUACAUCGUCUUCUACCGUAAACUGGACCGUCUGGAGCUGUGGCUCAAUGUGACUGUAAUUGGCACAGAGCAGUCCAUCUCUUUGGAAGAUCUGCUUCCAGACACCCAGUACGAAUUCUAUGUCAAGGCCACGGCUGCUACUGGAACUACCAAAAGCACUGAAAUGUUCUUUAAAACUAAAAGAUUUGGUCGGUGGUUCAUCACAACACUCGUUGUCUGUGGAGGCGUCGUUAUAAUUCUUGUGUUAUCUCUUGGAUUAGGCUGUGCUAUUUCGUGGAAGAAAUUCAGGGAGAAGCCGGUACCGAACCCUGGCUGCAGUUCUUUGGCGUUGUGGUCACCAAGUGAAGAGGGAACGGGAUCCAUUUGGCAAUUCAACAAUCCAUCUGAGAGCAUCUGUGACAGGGUUUACACGGAGGAAAGUCAGAAAACGUCAACAUCUCCUCUAGGUUCAGGUUUAAAUCCAAACCCAGCCUUUUACCAGACAGACGAAUACAUUGACCCAGACAUGGCAUCAGCACCAGAAACAGACCCUGAAGAGCGGCUCAAACCUGCAAAGACGCAGCAUCGCUCCUCUCCUAAUGACUCAAUAGAACCGCUUCUUCCUGAGAACAGCCCCUGCAGCCCGUAUCGGAGUCAGACUUCUGUGGAAAAUCCGGGCAAGAGGCCUAAUAAACAAAACAAACAUUCUCCAGUGAAACAGCCAGAUAGAAAAACACCUGUGAUGGUCUAUGUCACUUUGGACAUGUUUGAACAAAACCAGUGCAAGUGAGGGAAAUGGAAACUAUAAUAACAUUCCAAGAGUCAAGAAUAAUCUCCAGAAAAAGCAGAUUCUUGCGAAAUACUAGAGUGUUUGUUGCAUUAGGAGGCGUGUGGCGCCUUGGUGUUAGGACCAGGGGGUCACAGGUUCAAACCCCUCUGCAGUCAGCAUGUCGUUGUGUCCCUGGGCAAGACACUUCACCCCAAAUUGCUCCUGUGGGGGAUUGCCCACAGUAUUGAGUAUGUAAGUCGCUUUGGAUAAAAGUGUCUAACAAGUAAUGUAAUUACCGAUACAAACAUGUGAUAUAUAAAGCUAAACAACUUGUGUAGAAAAUGCUUUAUUGAGUACAUAGAUAUGUGCAUGACAAUAACGGUAUAUUUAUCUGGCAACAGUUUCUGGUCUGAUUUGAUGCAAAGUUAAUGAAAGAAAUGCAUUUUUUUAAUUUAGUAUUUACAAUCAGUACUAAAUAUUAAGAACACAUUCAUUUUAGGUCGUUUUUAUUUCUAUAUUGCAAUACAAUUGGGGCCAUCUUAUGAAGCUGCAAUUUGUUUGUGUAAUGAUAGCAUGCUGAGAAUAUAUAUAAACGGUGAAAACUAUAUGUUGGUGUAAAAGUCAUAAUAUUAGCUAUGUAUUAUAAUAAUAUUGACUUAUGUUUCAUGUUUUUUAUCAGUGAUAUCUGCAUUUAUUAUAAAAAAAAAAGUAAACAACUUACUGUACACUGGAAAGCUAUUACUCACUCCUUGUUUUACUUUACCAUUUUAAAAUGUAAACGUAACAAUGACAUGUACUAUUCAUAAGCUAUUUAAUAUUAAAGAAAUUACAUACA